AUGUCGUUGGCAAGGGAAAAAUAUCUAAAAAGAAAAAGGGAAUUGCUCGAAAACAUAAACAUAAUUGAUAAUAAUAUUGGGGAAAAAAAAGAAGCAAUUUUGGAAAAAGAAAAACGAGAAAAAAUAAAAAAUGAAGAGAAUAAUACGUAUGAACGAAAACAUGAUGAAGCAAAUAAAUUUAUGUCACAGAAAGACUCUAAUAAAUUAAAAGAAGAUAGAAAAAUAGAAAAAGAAGGAAAACGUGUCAAAAAAAGUGGUUACGAUAACAUUAAUAAUAACAGUAAUAACAAUUAUAAUAAUAAUGACAAUUAUAAUAGUAAUAAUAAUAAUAAAAAUAACAGUAGUAGCAGCUACAACCAGUUGAAUUAUAAAAAGGAUUAUUGGCACUAUGACCAGUAUGGGAACAGAGAUGAUCAUGAUGAACAUAUGAAAAGGGGGAAGAAGGAUUUUGAAAAAAUCUUAAGUAACAGUAAAAAGGAUCGUAAUAAUAACAAUGAAGAAGAAACGAUUUCCACUAAUUCCAACGUACCUGUACAUGAUUUGCCCAAUAUAAAUAAUCCUAAUAAAAACGUUGGAAAAAACUAUUCAAAUAUAAAUAAAAAUGCAAAUAGUUCAUCUUCUAUUGGUUGCUCCAUGGCUACCCAAGAUAUAGACCGAAAUAAAAAUAGUGAUAGAAAAAAAAACAAUUCUUGGGUGAAUAAUUCAUCUACUACUAAUAAUAAUAACAUGUACGAAAUUCUAACAGAUUUAAACAAUAUAGAUAUAUGUAAUAGUGCAAUUUUAUUAAUAUAUACAUGCAAAUUACUACUACAUAUGUGUGGUAAAGAAAAUGAAAACCAAAAUGUCACUAAUACAUCGUUAACUUCGGUAGAAAUUCUACGAGAAAUUAAAAACAGAAAUCGGAAAAAUGUAAAAUUGUUGAAAAUAAAUAUUUUGAAUAACAUAUUGAUAUAUUUGUCGUAUAAAAAUACCGUAAGAGGAGAAGACAAAACUAUCAUAAAUAGUAAUGAGUUAAAUCAGGAAAAAUUAGAUAACACAUUUGAAAAACAUAAAGAAAUUAAAUUAGAAGAUACUUGCAUAGAUAUAGAAAAUGUAGGUAUUAAUAUAAUAAUAAAAGUUAUUUAUAUAAAAAACAUUAAACAUUUAUUACUUAGAUAUAUACAUCAAUUUACUAAUAAUAAUUACAAAAAUGUUGGUGAAGCAACUAAUUUAAGUAAUGCAAAAAGUGGUGAUAAGGUCAAAAAUGAGGGGAAAAAAAUGGUUGGUAUAAGAACCCCAAAUGAAUAUAAAAAUAAUAGUAACUUGAUGGAAGGUGGCAAUAAUAAUACAUAUAACUCCGUGCUUCAAGAAAAUGAAAAAGUAAAUAAUACAAAUUGCUCUGGGGAAUACGACACCAAAUAUAAAGAAGAGAACAGGAAUAGUAAUAAUAAUAAUAGUAGUAAUAACAAGAUAAGUUAUUUAGAAAAUUUAUUAAACGAACCAACAGCAAAGGAAAAAAAAAUAAAACAAGAAAAGACUAGUAUACUUUCCAUUAUUGAGGCGCCAACUGUAAUUGAAGAAAUGCGAAUUAAGAAAUUUCAAAAAAAAGAUGAUUCUGUAAAAAUUAUAUGUCCAUAUUUGACGAAAAAAAAUUGUCAAAAGCAUAGUACAGAAUGUAACAAAGUACACUUUAAGAAAAUUAUAUCUGAGCAUACAGACGUAUCACUAGGCGAUUGCUCAUAUUUAGAUACUUGUAGACAUAUAGAAACAUGUAAGUUCGUUCAUUAUGCAGUCGAUAAAGACGAUCAAGUAGUUAGAAAUCAAGAAAAUGUAAAUGAAAAUAAAGUGGAUAUAUAUAACGUAAAUGAUAAUACGUAUGGACCCCAGUGGAUAAGAUGUGACUUAAGAAAUUUUGAUUUGAGUAUAUUUAAUCAGUAUGUUAGUGUUGUAAUGGCAGAUCCACCUUGGGAUAUACAUAUGGAUUUGCCUUAUGGUACCAUGACAGAUAAUGAAAUGAAGCGAUUACCGGUACAGUUAAUACAAGAUGAAGGUAUGAUCUUCUUAUGGGUAACAGGAAGAGCUAUGGAACUAGCACGAGAAUGUUUACAAAUAUGGGGAUAUACAAGAGUAGAAGAAAUUUUGUGGGUUAAAACAAACCAUUUACAACGAAUUAUAAGAACAGGUAGAACAGGCCACUGGUUGAAUCACUCAAAAGAACAUUGUUUAGUUGGUAUUAAAGGACAUCCAGUUAUUAAUAGAAAUAUUGAUUGUAAUGUUAUUGUAUCAGAGGUAAGAGAAACGUCGAGGAAACCAGAUGAAAUAUAUUCAUUGAUAGAAAGAUUAUGUCCUCAAAAUUUAAAAAUCGAACUUUUUGGAAGACCUCAUAAUGUUAGAAAUAACUGGAUUACUUUAGGAAAUCAAUUAAAUGGUGUUGUUUUACAUCAUCCGCAGAUAAAGGAACGGUAUAACAAAAUCGCAUCACAAUUUAAUAUGCCCUUAUGCGAGGAUUAA